GCUAACUGGAGAUUACGGCUAUCUUUCUAAGCAACUGAGAUGUAUCUCCUGGCAAGGAUUUUCUUUAGAGCACAUACCUAACAACUUUUACUUGGAAGGUGCAAUUGUAAUGGAUUUCCAGCACAGUAAUCUCAGACUACUGUGGAAAGAACCCACGGUUUUACCGUGGCUAAAAAUCCUCAAUCUUAGUCAUUCAAAGUACUUGACAGAAACCCCUGACUUUUCAAAAUUACCCAGUCUUGAAAAGCUCAUUCUCAAGCAUUGUGUGAGUUUGGGCAAGGUACACCAAUCGAUUGGAGAUUUACACAAUCUUCUACUAAUAAAUUUGAAAGGCUGUACAAACCUAAGCAAUCUCCCAAGUGAGACAUAUAAGUUGAAAUCCUUUAAAACUCUUAUCCUAUCUGGCUGUCUGAAGAUUGAUAUCUUUAAAGAAGAUAUAAUGCACAUGAAAUCCUUGAAAACUCUAAUUUCUCACAAUACUGCUGUGAAACAAGUUCCCAUUUCAGUUGUAAGCUCAAAACGCAUUGGAUAUAUACAUGUAGACGAAGGAAAGGGAUUAUCACGUACUGUUCUACAUUCUAUCAUUUUGUCUUGGAUGUCCCAUACUUUUAAUACCCUGUAUCGUAUGCGUCCGUUUCGUGGCAUUUCACCAUCUCUAGUUUCCAUGAAUGUGGAGCAUAAUGAUUUGGUAGAUCUAGCUCCAAUCCUUAGAAGCAUUUUAAAUCUGCGUACUGUUUUAGUGCAAUGUGUGACGGAGUAUCCAAUACUUCAACAAGUAACAGCUAUUUUGGAAGAAGUCCGACAAGUUCGUCGUGUAAGUUGGACUACAUCUACACAACUUUCCAACCAUCCAUUCAGUCCAUAUUCGAUUCAAUUUGGUGGUUAUCAAAAAGAAGUCUUCAAUACUCUCCGAAAAAGCAUUUAUGAUGAGGAAUUGGCAGCCAGACAGACUCGUAAAGUUUUUGUCCCUAGUGACAAUUAUCCUCAUUGGUUGGCUUAUAAGAAUGAGGGACACUCAGUCAAUUUCACCGUGCCUGACAAUUUUCACAUGGAUGGAAUGAUUUUGUGCGUUGAGCAUUUAGCACGCUUGGACGACCCAACUCAAUAUCUUAGUUGUGUCUUAAUGGUUAAUUACACAGAGUGCACAAUCCAGUUAUUCAAUCGAGAAACACUAACUUCCUUGAAUGAUGUUGAUUGGCAGGGCGUGAUAUCACAUAUGGGAUGUGGAGACAAGUUGGAGAUUUUUAUUAUUUUUGAGAAAGGAUUUGAAGUCCAGAAGACAGCUGUCUAUCUAGUGUGUAAUGAUCAAUUGACAGAAGAAAGUCAAUUUAACGAGCUCUAAUGAUAUGGAGGUAAAAACAAAUAAGAGUUAGUGUAGGACGUCACGUCGGCCAGAUAGAUGACAAAGAAUCGGUUGGAGGUGCGGAACCGAUGCUCAGGAUCCAUGUAUGAUAGGAGUGCGUAGGAGUGAAAGGUUAAGGGUAAGAAGAUCAAAGCUUACAGUUGACCAGAUUGAGAUAUAAUUGAAGAGAGGGUAGGGAAUGAGUGGCUUGUAGUCAAGAAGAUUGCACUCAUCCUCU